AUGACAAAUUCUACUUACAAAGACGAUGAUGGAUUCUUGUUGGAGUUAGAAGCAUUUACUUAUAAAUUCGUAACUAAAUUAUUUUUACAUCUUGUGAAUCUUCAAGCUUUGCUAUCUCAUCACCAAUGUGCAUCUGCUUUCUGGCUUGGUAACCUCAAGAACUGUGAUCUUAAUGGUAAAGAGCUCCCAGAGGAGUUCUUCGACUCUCUCAGUACUGCCUCCUCUUUCGCCACAACCAGCCCUUCUGUGUUAUCUGACGAUGACGGUCAUGCAGAGGUGCAUUUUGAAGGAAAAAGGGGAAACGAUAACCAUAUGAAUGAGGAAGCAAGAAAAUUGGCGGUACCAGGACCUCGUCAUGUUAUUUCAGGUCCAAAAAGGACGCGUAUUUCUGGAUCCACUCAAAGAUUUUGUAGCAAUCGAGGAAAAGUAAGGCCAAUCAAGUCUAAAAAGUCAUGUAUGGAGGGUUCAGUCUCGGUGCUGGAGCGUAGGACAGAUGCACAUCUACAUGGUUCAAAUCCUGGCAAAGUCCGAGGAAGGCUGAGUUCUUGGCACCCAGAUAGGCAGGGACACAAUUCAAAUCGAAUGAGUGAGGUAUACGGAAUUGGUCCAACACGGUCCCAAAAGCAUGCUAAAGAAAAUAUGGCAGAAGCAGACAAAGAGAUGGAGAAUAGAGAAAUUAUGCUUAGGGCAACAUUAGAUGCCCACACUGAGGUAGAAUACGAA